GUAUUGCUGAAAAGUGCGCUCUACGUGGGGACGGCGGACUUCUGCUGGGCCCAGGUGAGAAAGGCCCACCUGAGUCCUGGGUGAGAGUGUUCCUUGGUUCUUUGGGGCUAGAGAAAUUGGAACUCCUAAUGAGUUGCUUGCUGAGCAUCUGGGCUCAUUUCGACAGUGCCGGUGGCAGGCAGGAAUCCUGAAAUUGUGGAUUACCCAAAAAUACUUUGAGACAUGCUUUAGAUGUUUUUUCUGGAAGCCUUGCAGCUGCCCUAAAAAUUGAAUGUAUUGUAGAACAGACCUAUGGUGAAGCGACUUCCAGUCAUUUGGAAAGGAUGGGAUGAAAAGGAACCUUGGUGAUAAUUUUGAUGUCUGCAAGAUUUAGUACCAGUGUAAUGGGAUUAUCGGUAACACCUUCACUGCAGAAAAAGCCACCUGGCGCUAUAACUGGCAGCAACUGAGAACUAAUCCUUUCCCAUCUCUUGGAUGUCAUUCAUGAAGCUCAAAGCGAUUUCUACCCUGCUAACUAUGAUUAAUUUUAUAAACAACAACAACAAAAAAUCAGGCCAGUGGUGGCAGAGUCUGCAUAGAACUAUGCUUCGUGGUGUUCUGGGAAAAACCUUUCGACUUAUUGGCUAUACUAUUCAGUAUGGCUGUAUAGCUCAUUGUGCUUUUGAAUACGUUGGUGGUGUUCUCAUGUGUUCUGGACCAUCAAUGGAACCUACAAUUCAAAAUUCAGAUAUUGUCUUUGCAGAAAAUCUUAGUCGACAUUUUUAUGGUAUCCAAAGAGGUGACAUUGUCAUUGCAAAAAGCCCGAGUGAUCCAAAAUCAAACAUUUGUAAGAGAGUAAUUGGCUUGGAAGGAGAUAAAAUCCUCACCAAUAGUCCAUCAGAUUUCUUUAAAAGUCAUAGUUAUGUGCCAACAGGUCAUGUUUGGUUAGAAGGUGAUAAUCUACAGAAUUCUACAGAUUCCAGAUAUUAUGGACCUAUUCCAUAUGGACUAAUAAGAGGACGAAUCUUUUUUAAGAUUUGGCCUCUGAGUGAUUUUGGAUUUCUCCGUGACAGCCCUAAUGGCCACCGAUUUUCUGAUGAUUAGCAAGCAUUUAUUCUUUUGAUUAUUCUCUCCAAGUGAAUUUAUUAUUGCCCCUGAAUCCAUGUACUUAACUAACAAACUAUUUGCUACUUAGUUUUAGUCAUUUGUAAUUGUUAUAUGGAAGAAUAAACAAUACAUAUUGUAAGUGCUAUUAGUUCCAAAUAUAUGGAUAGAAAUGUAAUCCAAGAAAAGAAAUCUAACAUUUAUGAUAGAUAUAAAAAUAUUUUUAGGGAAAAAACCUGGAUGACCACCUCACUUCUGAAUUUUUGGUUUAAUAAUUAUAAUAAAAGUAAUCUUUUCUUGA